AUGAGCGACUACGAUCGAAAGGAAACUUUGGAGGAGAAGGCCUCUACCUCGGAGGUUGAUCUUGCUGGCGUUAAUGACCCUUAUGCUGGACUUACUGAGGAAGAGGCGAGAGAAGCUGAGAAGAAGUUGCUUCGAAAGAUUGAUAUGAAACUCGUUCCUUGGCUCUGUCUACUUUACCUCAUCUGCUUCCUCGACCGAACCAAUAUCGGAAAUGCAAAGAUCGCUGGUUUAAUGGAUGACAUACAUAUGGACAGUCAUCAUUUUAACCUGACUUUGACCAUUUUCUACAUCUCAUACGCUGUCUUUGAGCCUCUUGCCAAUGUCCUUCUCAAGUGGUCCAAGCCAUCCAUCUUCAUUCCUGCAAUCAUGGUUCUCUUGGGUGCUUCAAUGCUGGGAAUGGGCUUCGUCAAGACCUGGGACGGCCUCAUGGCUGCUCGAUGGUUCCUUGGUGUCACAGAAGCCGGCCUCUUCCCCGGAAUUAACUACUACCUUUCCUGCUGGUAUAAGCGAUCCGAAUUCGGUGCUCGUGCCGCGUGGUUCUUCUCAGCUGCAGCACUUGCCGGUUCUUUCGGUGGUCUCUUGGCUGCUGCUAUCCAGAAAAUGGAUGGUGUCGCCGGUAUUGCCGGCUGGGCAUGGAUUUUCAUCCUUGAAGGUCUCAUGACCAUCAUUGUUGGCAUUAUCUCGUUCUGGAUGGUCCACGAUUUCCCUACCGAUGCCAAGUUUAUCACCGAAGAGGAACGAGCUCGUGUCAUCUAUCGACUCACCGCCGACAAGCAAUCUUCUGCCCAGGACGAACAAUUCAAGAUGAAGUACUUCUGGCAGUCCAUCACUGACUGGAAGACCUACUGCGGGAUGCUCAUCUACAUGGGACCCCUGAUGCCCCUGUACUCUUUCAGCGUUUUCCUGCCUACCAUCAUCCAGAACAUGGCCUUCACCGACAAGAAGGCCGUUGUCAAGAACCAGCUUCUCAGCGUACCACCCUACGCUUUGGCCGCAGUUGUUACUAUUUGCGUUGGUAUGUACUCCGACAGACUCAACAAGCGAGGUAUCUUCAACCUGUGCGCUGCCCCUGUCGGUAUGGCUGGCUUCAUCAUGCUUAUCGCCUCUACCAACCCUGCUGUUCAGUACACUGGGUGCUUCCUGGGUGCCCUGGGUAUCUACCCUGUCAUUCCAAUCACAAUCAGUUGGGUCGCCAACAAUGUUGAGGGUGUUUACAAGCGAGGCAUCACUCUUGGGUUUGUCAUAGGAUGGGGCAACCUCAACGGUGUUGUGAGCAGCAACGUCUUCAUCAACGGUCCACGAUUCUACCCAGGACACGGAACUGUUCUUGCCUACAUGUUUGGUGGUAUCUUUUGUGGAAGUCUGUUGAUGUAUGUUUUGCUCUCGCGUGAGAACAAGGCGCGGUUGGCUGGUGAGCGGGAUCACCUUGUGGAGGGCAAGUCUGAGGCGGAGAUCCAUGAGAUGGGAGAUAAGCGACCCGAUUUCCUUUACACACUGUAA